AUUAGCACCAUCAGGCGUUAGGACAGCUGUGCGGAGCCGGUGCAGUGGGCUACAUAAGCGGUGCGCAAAGCAGCGGAGUUUCUGCGCACUCAGAUCUCCGCUCCUUCAUCUGCAGACCUCAGAUAGUUUAAGGUGACUGGGAACUGUGGUUAGGGAGGUGCUUUUCCACAGUAGGUAAUUCUAUCCUCCAACAGAAGACCUUUAAAUAUCUUGUCUGAAAAGCUUCCAGCUACCACGUGGCAUAAGGGGAGACAUUUGCUCUGUGCAGGAUUCCACUAUCAGUUGACCGACCAGUCGCUGCACAACUCUGGCUUCUUCCGUGUUUCUUCAGCUUGUGCUGAAUUUUAAAGGCUGUUUACAAUUGCGUGGCGGGGGGGCUAUGCAGUGAUUCCCCGAGUCUUCUGUUUUCUUUUCUCCUUUGUUUUGAUGCGUGAUGCCUUUUCUUUUGCCGGCUAACCCCUAGCACCUUGCAGUGAAUGGAGAACAUACUGGUUCUACUUCCAAAGCACCGACAGGAACACGGGCUCUGCAGAAGCACGGCUGCAUGUGCCUUGUGGGAAGAUUCCACCUACAGAGCGAUUUUUUCUGCUUCCUCAUUAGUUCCAACCCACACCCCAUGUUAGCCUGUUUAAUGGGAUAAGUUAACCAGAGAGAUCAGGUGUAAAACCAGGUCGAGCAAAGCGUUCCGUUCUGACCUUCCCCAAACCGUUAGUCUAAAACAACUUUUCCUUUUUCUUGUUGAGUACACCGUCUGUAAAAGGCCUCCGCAUGGUACGUUGGUCAAAAGAACAAGACAAACUCCCGGACAUUGAGAUGUCCUCAGGGGACAUUGAGAUGAAGAAGGAGGGAGGUCCUCUGACCCCAGCCUUCCUCAAUUCUAACUGCUCCAUCCAUCCACUGAUCCUCACCAGAGGCCCAGAAGAAGUAAACCAACAAACUGGGGGGGAGUUCGAGCUCACCGAGGUCACAUCUUUCACAGAGAGGAUUGGCGAGACAGGGGACGACGAAGAAAGGUCGGAUAUCGUGGUGGCGUUAGACUGUCGGGCCAAUGCCAAAGGACAACGCGAGGAGGACGCACUUCUGGAGAAUGCAAGCCAGAGCAACGAAAGCGAUGACAACAGCAUCAAUCAGAGCCCGGAGCCACCAGCGCCGCUUAAGGAGACCUCCAUUUCCAUCGGCCUGCAGGUGGUUUUUCCCUUUCUGCUGGCUGGCUUCGGAACAGUGGCGGCUGGAAUGGUGCUGGACAUUGUCCAACACUGGACGGUCUUCACCAAGGUGUCAGAGGUCUUCAUCCUUGUUCCCGCUUUGUUGGGGCUGAAAGGGAACUUAGAGAUGACGCUGGCUUCCAGACUAUCAACAGCGGUCCAGGCCACAGUUGUGGGGUUCCUGGCUUCCAUAGCUGCUGUAAUCUUUGGCUGGCUCCCAGAGGGACAGUUCAAGCUGGGCCAUGCAGUGCUGCUGUGUGCCUCCAGCGUGGCCACGGCCUUCAUCGCAUCUCUGCUCCUGGGUCUCAUCAUGAUCGGAGUUAUUGUCGCAUCCAGAAAAGUAGGCAUCAACCCCGAUAAUGUGGCUACACCCAUCGCCGCCAGCCUUGGAGACCUGAUCACCUUGUCGCUGCUGGCGGGCAUCUCCACGGGGCUCUACCAGGAGCUAGAGUAUAACGACUAUGCAAACCCGCUGGUGUGUGCGGCGUUCGUGGCCAUGUGUCCUGUUUGGGUGUUGAUUGCAAGGAAGAUCCCGUCUACCAGAGAGGUCCUCUAUUCUGGCUGGGAGCCAGUCAUCAUCGCCAUGGCAAUCAGCAGUGUUGGGGGUCUGAUUCUUGAUAAGACUGUUAGUGACCCAAACUUUGCUGGGAUGGCUGUUUUUACUCCUGUCAUCAACGGUGUAGGAGGCAACCUGGUGGCCGUUCAGGCCAGUCGAAUCUCAACCUAUCUCCACAUGAACGGGCUGCCCAUGGGAGACCCCAACCCAGCUCCCAGGAAGUGCCCCACACCGUGCACUUCCUUCUUUGAUUCCAAAAGAGACUCAGCAGGUGGAAGAAUACUGAUCAGUGCGUCUCUAAAAAUCUGUGCCUUGUGCCUCUGCUUUACCUUCCUACAGGUUGCAAUCCUGCUGUACCUGGCUGACUGGAUGGUUCACUGGAUGUGGGGCCGAGGUAUGGACCCCGAUAACUUCUCCAUCCCGUACCUGACCGCUCUGGGGGACCUCCUGGGAACCGGUUUCCUUGCCCUCUGCUUCCACAUGCGUUGGUUUAUUGGGGACAGGGACUCCAAUUUAGGCAACUGAAUUUGUUGAAACAUACACACAGAAAAUUAAACGUAAACACACUGUGAGCGUGCAUGCAAAAAACGAAGACGAAGAUCACCCUUAUGCCUGAGCGUGAAAGUGGACAUCCACAGUACAAGGCUGAUCUCCUGAAAGGCUCUGGAUGAUGAUGUUCUGAGCAGAGUUUCAUCCUGAGAUAUCAUGACGCUGCUUUACUGUUGGAACAGCAGCAGCAUGUAAAUCCUGACUGUCUCCCUGGAACACAGACCUCUUCAUCUCCACCAUGAAAAAAAACUCUGACCAAUGAUAGAUCCAGCCUUAAAGGUCCCACGGCUCCUUAAUCUUACUAAACACCCGAGUCCUGCCGCUUUUAUUGAUAGUUAGAACUGGUAACCAACAAGCAAUUUAAUAUAUGGUGUUAUGUGCAAAGGGAGUCCUUAUUAUUUUCAAUGAGGACGUAAACCCUUUGUUUGAAUAAGACA